AUGGAAUCGAUGUUGCUGUCUGUGGUCCGUAAGGUCUCCUCAGGUGGUCCCCAUCGACUGGUCAGCCGUAUUACAAAGUAUUACCUUAUCCUCACGGACAUCCAAGACUCUUUUCGGCAAUGGAUUGCUUACUGCCUGCUGGCAUGCAGCAUGACUGCCGUCGGACGCAUCCAGACACUCAUUCAUACGGUCUCGCAGAAACUUGAGGCUGGGCCCAGAUCCGAGGUGACCAAGACUUUCUCCUGGCCCACCAAGGCCAGGCCAUGA